UCGGGAGGAGAUCUUGGAGUGACGUCACACCCGAGUCCGGCGCGUUCUAGUUGCAAGUCGGAAAAGCAGUGGUAUUUGCUGGUUGUUUUACCGCAAAUACGUGGCAGUAACAACGCGUGUACCCCAUUUAACUUCUUCAGAUACGGCCAGAAAAGUUUCACAAGCAGGUGAGAGACUUCAGGCUUCAGAAACCUUUGUUUUUUUUUCCCAGCGGAGGAAUCAGAAAUCCGACUCCCGAGUUUAAAGAGAACGCACCAUCAUUCCUGACCUCCAAUCUUAUUUUGCCGUCCACUGGAGUCUUUUAUUUUGAAGGGCCAAAGGUUGGGUAGUCCAGUACGCAUGCGCGUUGGCAAACCCCACACAAAUACAAACGGAAGACCCGGGGCACCGGAAAGAAAGUAGAGACAAGGAAGACCUGUGAAUGCGGACAGCGCCACAUGGAGGCCGUGCUGAGAAACGUGGCCUCCACCGUGGAGCUGCUGGCCGUGGCUGCCCACAGCGACGUGGUGAGUGAGUGGGACGAGCAGACGGCGGGCCGGGCCUUUCACUGGGCCCGCUACUGCGAGCACAUCUACAGCAGGUUCCACAGCAACCACGUCAUAAGAGGAGUCCUGGAGAAGCAGCUGCAGCUCACCAGCCGUGGCUUGAAGGAGGCGCUUCCUGAACACGGCGCGGUGACCCUGUGGGAUCUGGGCCGCUGCCAGAACCUGCUGCUCCUCCGGCUCCUCGGCAACCCCGCGCUGCCCGUCUCCUUCCUGAAGAUGCUCUUUGAAACGAGGCGCUCCGCCGGCGUCACAGACGGCGACUACGACGACGUCAGAGGCCUCUGCGGCCGGCUCGUCCAGUACAAGUCCGCCUGUAAGCUCCUGCGCCAUCUCCCGGGCCCGCCUGCUCUUGGUGCUGAUGCUGAGGUUCAGGGAGAGAUGCUGAUGGAGAGGCUGGAGUCGGCGCUGAGCCGGAGCGGCGAUGCGCGCCGGGCCGAAGACCUUCUGAGCUCUGUCCUUCAGGAACUUGACGGCGCAGCACCGGGUUUGUGUCCAGUCAUCGCUGCAGCUCUGCUGACCACGGCAGGCUCAGCUGCACAAACUGCUGCGCAGGACUUUCUCCUGGACUGGCUGCAGAGUCGGCACGGCGUGCUGCAGCGCGUGUGCUCCGGGCUGCCGUCCCGGCUUCUCGCCGACUUGGCAAAAAGGCACCGGAAAUUUAGAGACGCGUUCUGCAGGUUGCUAAAAAAGUGGGCCUCGGAGAUGGAGUACGGGAUAAGCGGCGGGGAAUGGGUUCACGCUGCUGCCGACCCCUCGGUGUCCUUCCAGAAGAUGACUCAGCACUUUUUGACCCUGUUUGAGGCCUGUCCCUCUCUGAGGACAGAAACCGAGGAUGAGCUCAGGGCCCUGAAGGUCUCCGAUGGGGGCUUUGACGUCAGGGGUCUGAGUGUGUGGGGAGACCUCCUGUUCGCCUUGAGCCCGUAACGCUCAGGCUUCUGGUUCCUUUAGAACUUUAAAACGUCACCAAAAACUUCACGGGUGAUUGUUCGCUCAAUAAUCUGUGUGCCAGAUCUCUUAUGGUGCUCAAUAAAUAAACUGUGACACUGUUGGAAGGCAACUAAUGAUCAACAAUGAUACACAGUUGGUCAUAUUGACGGUGCCAUCAUAACUGUUGCACUUGUUUAUUCCUACUUUUAUAUUAACAUACAUAUAUUAUUUAUACUUGUAUAUGCUACUGAAUGUAGUUUCAUACUAAUAGGCAACAUUUAAGAACUUUUAUAAAGUGGAAUCGAACUAUUUAGCAAUAAAUAAAAAAUCUCAGCAAGUGUAUAUUGUUUUUAUACAGCUCUGCAUUUAAUCAAGGCGUGACAUCAGGAUUAGUACAGAACAGUUUUAUGUACGGUUUCAAUCAAAAGUGCUAAUAUUGCAGUCAAAAGGCAGGUUUUUGUGACCAUGAUGAAAAAUGUGCUAACAUAUUCCUUAAUUUGACACAUAAUAUACAACAACAAUGGAAAAAAAUCUAAACAGUGUUUGAGGGCAAAUGUAAAAAAAUAAAAAGUUGCAAAACCAGCAAUAAACGCACACAACCUUGAACUGAUUCACUUUCUAUAAUCCAACGCCAAACGGCAACACUGGUGGAAGUGAAGGACCUUCUAGAAAGCGCUGGCUGUGACCAAUUAUGCUGGAUUCUCCUUAUGUUCACCUACCACACCCCC